GCGUUUGCAGCACGAGCCUUUCUGGGAUCAUGUCCCGAUUAUACAGAGGGAUUGGAACAUUCCGCCGGAUUGCGCCCCAGGGGCCGCCACAUUGCUGGGCGCCAAUGAUCUGGCGAUCGAUGCGAUGCACCUGCCAUCCCUGAUAUCGUGCGUGCAACCUCUGGCCUACCAAUACUAUGCCGACGCUGUGGAGCGAACGGAGAGGAUCGGCUGGCGCUUCCCUUCCUGGCGCUCACGCGACCCGUCCCUGGUAGAGUC